UUCGAUUCUGAUCAGUAAAAAAGGAAAAGCCGGCCGGCUAGAAAGAAGAGAACCGAGGAGAAUUCGCGGACCGGCACAUCAUCGUCAUUGUUCUGUACUUCAAAGAGAAAAGAGACGUUUUGAUCAAAUAUGCACGAAAUUAUUGAAGAAAAACUCAUCAAGAAUCUCAAGAACUAGAACCUUAAAGGCCUCGUUUGGAUCUCUCCGUUUUGGUCACGGAGAACCAUGAAUGAGUCUCGUAAACACCAGGUGUCGCUGCGGGGAGCAAGCGCCAAGGAGAUUACGAGGGAUGCCCUUCUGGAGAGGGUUAAUCAAGAAAGGGAGCUCCGGAAUUAUACCAGGCGAGCAAGCGCCGCCGCGUUGCUAAUUCAGAGGGUCUGGAGGAGGCAUCAUGAGACGAAGUCGGUGGCGUUGCAGCUCCGGCAGGAGUGGGAAAUAAUGAUGAAUAAUCGGGCUGGUCCGCUCACCAGAAUGCAGAUAUCGAGGGAAAUUUUGAGACCCUUUCUUUUCUUUAUUAACUAUUUAUCAGUUCGAUGCGGGAAAAUUGGUGCCAGAGAUAGGGAUUGUAUGAUAAAUUGCUUCAGAAUUCUUUUGGAGGGCAUAACUCCGAAAGAUGUACAUCAGAGCUUUUGCUUGUUGGCAACUGGUAGCAUUGAAGAGAGACAGAUAUGGUUUCAUCAAUCAAAAAAGCUGAUUUCUGUUUGCUUGUUUAUUUUAUCUGUGUUUGACUACUCCACUCAAAGGGUUCAAGAUGUUGUGCUCACAUCAACUGCAAUGCGUUUAUCAGUUCUCUUAACUGAUCCAAAAAGUUGGAAUUGCAUUGCUGAUGAUGCCCGUGAAGAUGCAAAUACUGCAGUGAAAAAUCUAGUGCAGUUUAUUGGGAGUAAAAGAAGUGGGUUGUAUAAUUGCAUCAGGAAAUUCAUUUGUAAAUUGGAAGCUCCUGUUUCUUGUCAAGAGACGGUCUUUUGUCAGACAGAUGAUAGAUUCUUGAUAGUUGCCAGUGCUAUAACUUUAUCUUUGCGACCAUUCCACUUAACAAACAUGGACACAAAUGAUAAUGGCAUGUUGGAGUGUGCUGUGGAGCAGUAUUGUGUCUCACUACUCACGAUACCUUGGCUUCCUCAACGCUUGCCUGCAAUACUUGUACCUGCUUUGAGACACAAAUCAGUGUUAUCACCAUGCCUCAGGACUUUACUGAUCGCAAAAGAGAAGAUUUUGAAGGAAAUUUCUGAGAUGGAUCAGCUGGACAUAACCUCCAGAAAGAUGCCACAUGUUGGUUGGGCUCUUGCUAACACUGUGUGCCUUGCGACAGGGAGUUAUAUGAGUUCACUGGAUUUGGGGAAGUUUACUGAAGGCCUAGACUAUGCGUCCUAUCUCCAUGUUGUUAUUUUACUUGCGGAUAAGCUAUUGGCUUCACUUGAAAACUUUGGACGGAUGACUAGGAAUACUGAAGAACUCCAAGCUGAUAAUGAUACAUCUGCUGAAUCUGUUUUUCACAUGGAUGAAACCACUUGUGGAUUCUCAAACCUGUCAUAUAUGGACCUUUUUAGACCUGUCUGUCAACAGUGGCAUCUUAAGAAACUCUUAGCUUUUGAAAUAGAUGCUUCUGGAAGUGGCGCUGAUAAUCUUCCAUCAAGCAAUCAACAGGAUUCAUGGAAGUGCAGAUUGCUUGACGUAGCUUAUUAUUAUUCAUACAUGCUUCAACUAUUUUCAACUUUGAAUCCUUUGCUCAAAUCUUUGCCUGUCCUCAACAUGCUCUCGUUCACCCCUGGAUUUCUUGUCAGUUUGUGGGGAGAACUAGAAAAAUCUCUCUUUCAACGACAGAAGCAUAUUGCCAAUGCAAAAUCACUUUAUGCAAAUAAUAUCCCAGGAGAUAUAAGUGAUGGUGUUUCUGAUGGAAGGCAAAAGAGAUUUAGUAAAGACACAGGCUAUAAAUGGGCCAAUGUGUUGCAAAAAAUUACCGGAAAGGCACCAACAGAGAAUGUUUUUGUGGACUCAGUCAAUUGCCAUUCCAACUUUAGCCAAACUGAGGAAGAUCCUUCAGAUAAGUGGGACAUUGAGGCCCUAAGGCGGGGUCCUGAAGGCAUAUCGGAGGACAUAGCUUGUCUGCUCCUUCUCUUUUGCUCCACCUAUUCACAUCUGUUGCUGAUUCUGGAUGAUAUAGAGUUUUAUGAAAAGCAGGUCCCAUUCACGUUGGAGCAGCAGCGGAAAAUUGCAUCAAUGGUGAAUACUCUUGUAUAUAAUUCCUUACCCCGGGGAGUUAGUCCUCGGCACAGAGCUAUUGUGGAUUCUGCAGUUCGGUGCCUGCAUUUAUUGUAUGAAAGAGAUUGCAGGAGCAAAUUUUGUCAUCCUUCUUUGUGGCUUUCACCUGGUAACAAUAAUAGGAUGCCAAUUGCUGUGGCUGCCAGGACUCAUGAAGUUUCCUCAGGUGCAGGUGGAACUGCCUCCUCAAGCAUGGGUUCCGUCAUUACUACUAUGCCACAUGUAUUUCCAUUCGAAGAAAGAGUAAAAAUGUUCAGAGAAUUCAUCAGCAUGGACAAAGUGUCAAGAAGAUUGGCUGGUGAAGGGACUGGACCUGGUGUGCGAUCAAUUGAGGUAGUUAUUCGUCGCGGUCAUAUUUUUGAAGAUGGACUACAACAACUGAAUUCACUUGGUUCACGGUUGAAAUCUGCCAUCCAUGUGUCCUUUGUUAGUGAAUCUGGCCUUCCGGAGGCUGGUCUUGACUAUGGUGGAUUGUCCAAGGAAUUCUUAACUGACCUCUCAAAAUUAGCGUUUUCAGCGGAGUAUGGGCUGUUCUGUCAGACCUCAACUUCUGACAGGCUUUUAAUUCCAAAUACAACUGCAAGAUUUUUGGAUAAUGGGAUCCAGAUGAUUGAGUUUCUCGGAAGAAUAGUUGGUAAAGCUCUAUAUGAAGGAAUAUUGCUUGACUUCUAUUUUUCACAAGUUUUCGUGCAAAAGUUGUUGGGACGCUAUAGCUUUCUGGAUGAACUCUCCACUCUUGAUCCUGAGCUUUACAGGAAUCUCAUGUAUGUUAAGCAUUAUGAUGGUGAUGUUGAGGAUCUUUCCUUGGAUUUCACCGUUACUGAAGAAUCACUUGGAAAACGACAUGUUGUUGAACUCAAACCAGGAGGCAAGGAUAUCUCUGUGACGAAUGAGAACAAAUUGCAAUAUGUUCAUGCAAUGGCAGAUUAUAAACUUAACCGACAGAUACUUCCUUUCUCAAAUGCAUUUUAUCGAGGGCUGACGGAUUUAAUAUCCCCUUCUUGGUUGAAGUUAUUUAAUGCAAGUGAGUUUAAUCAGUUACUUUCGGGUGGGGAUCAUGACAUUGAUGUUGAGGAUUUGAGGAAAAACACACAAUAUACUGGGGGUUACAGUGAAGGGAGUCGAACCAUUAAACUAUUUUGGGAGGUAUUUGCAGGAUUUGAGCCAAGAGAGCGCUGUAUGCUUCUCAAGUUUGUGACCAGCUGUUCUAGAGCACCUUUGCUUGGGUUCAAACAUCUUCAUCCAGCUUUUACUAUACAUAAGGUGGCCUGUGAUGCUCCUCUUUGGGCUUCAUUUGGAGGACAGGAUGUGGAUCGACUUCCAUCAGCUUCUACAUGUUAUAAUACUCUGAAGCUUCCAACAUACAAACGUGCGAGCACUUUGAGAGCAAAACUUCUAUAUGCCAUCAACUCGAAUGCCGGAUUUGAACUUUCUUAGUAGCUUGUGACAAUGAAUCCGAUGAUAAGGAGUCUUUAGUCAUCUUGGGAUCUUGUAAAUUUUUGACAUACCACUAUCGCUCGGCUUUGCAAUCAUAUCCAGCAGAGGUUGGUAGAUA